AUGCACACAGUCGGCAUCACUGAGAACAUGCUGGAGCCAAGACGCAACAUUCCACGGAAUAGUACCGGGAUUGUCCUGUUCCCAAUGGGCAAAGUCCGGGUUGAUGUCCUGUUUGGUGGCCGGGAUAACUACCGGGUGGAGAACAUUCAGUUUGAAGUGGUUGAUCUUGACAACCCUUACCAUGCUCUGCUGGGAAGGCCGACAUUAGCAAAGUUCAUGGCCUCUACUCAUACGGCUUACCUGAAGAUGAAGAUACCGGUGCCCAACAGCACCAUAACCGUGGUAGGCAACUACAAGGUCUCACUGGACACAGCUUCAAUCGGAUCAUGCUUGGCCGAAUCUCUGGUCAUAGCGGAGGAGAAGAGGAGGAUCCAGACUGCUGUCGCGCUGGCACAAUCAACCCAUCGUAACUUAGCGGCACUGAGCAGCCCGCUUGGCGGAACGACAUUCAAGCCACCAAAGGAGACAAAGGACAUUGUCCAGGACCCGGCAUACCUGGAGCGCACCGUCCGCGUUGGUGCCAGACUGAAUGAGGCAUAG